GCGUCGCUGCGCGGUUCGCGGUUCGCUCUCGUCACGGACCACGUUUUCUUCCCACUUCCGUUUCCGAGAGCCUGCGUACGCUUCUUCAAGGUAGGAUUAAGUGAGUCCAGAAGAUGGCCAAGUCCAAGAAUCACACGAAUCACAAUCAGAACAGGAAGGCGCAUCGAAAUGGCAUUAAAAAGCCCAAGAGGUACAGGCACGAGAGCACACUCGGCAUGGAUCUCAAGUUCUUGAGGAACCAACGCUUCGCGAAGAAACAUAACCUGAAACCGAAGGCCCAGCUGAAGAGGGCGGAGCAGCGAAAGCAGGCGAAGAAUAAAUAAGAAUGAUAAAUAAGUUCGGUGUGCGUGAACCAAUGACUGUGUAAAAAUAAAUUGGAAAAACACA